AUGACCUCGAUCCUCACUGCUGCUACUGAAGCCGCUCAUUCGGCCGUGGGCGGAUUACUUGCGAAGGCCCAGAUCCAACCUGGGGGCACAAUUCCCAUUGCAUCUGUUAAAGAGGGCGACGCUGCCAAGGCAUUCGAGCUCAGGCUGCAAGGAAAAAACAUUAUAGUUGGAGUUCCCGGAGCUUUCACUGGUACUUGCAUUCAACUGUUCGAACAGUUCAAGAGCAAAGGUGUCAAUGACGUGUUUGUCGUGGCAGUCAACGAUGUCUUCGUCAUGAAAGCAUGGAAAGCUCAGCUAUCAACUUCUGAUACUGGUGUUCGGUUCAUCGCAGACGAUAAGGGCGCCUUUGUGUCUCAACUCGGUUUGAUCUUCGACGCAUCCCCGCUCCUGGGAUCUCCCCGAUCUGAGCGGUUCGUCAUCGUUGCCGACGGACAUACGGUUGAACUUGUCGCGGUCGAGCCAGACCCCACCAAGAUCACUGUGACUGCCGCCGAUAAGGUAUUGGCCUUGCUCUGAGCAACGUCUGUAUCAGGCCUGAAAGGACUGCCAACGUUGUACCACGUGUAACAAUAUGCUGUGAAAUCCUAUCGGGGAACAACACGUGUGGGAUCAUAGACGGUGUUGUGAAUAUGAUGCCGUUUCAACAAUUUCCAUAUCUGGAGAAACAAGUAACCACGACCGCGUUCCGUUAUGGUCCGCUGUACCCUGCCCUCUCCAACGCUGAACCUAGAGCAUGAGUGACAACAUAGACGUCGUCCCAGAAAGCUGGCCAGUCUUCCGGUUGACCAUCACGUCCUGUUAGAUGCUUCUCCGCUCCUUCAACGAUGUCGCGAAUUGUAAGAUCCAAAGUAGGAUUUGCACGGCGGGCAGGAUCAUCUUCGGGCACCCGCUUCACAUCUGCAGCAAUCGCUUUUAUAGUUUGGGCAACAGCAGUCCUCGCUCGGUCCAUCGUAGAACCCUUCGGUAUAGACGCAGUGUCAAAGCGGAACAUAUACUCCUCGUCGCCUUGACAGUUGACGAUGAAAAACAUGAUCAACU